AGCCGGAGCCGGCACCAGCGGAGCCGGAACGGCGGACCCCGCGCCCCGGCGCCGCCGGAGCCCCGGCCGGCCAAGGCAGUUCCCUGGACUGGUCAGACACGCCCUGUACCCCUGGUAGAGUCAGGAUGAGGCUUUCGUCAGGGAGGCCUGCAGCCUGAGCAGAUAGCAUGGCCUGCCCCUGGAGGUGAACGCCAUGGCCACAGGAGGGAGCCGGGCCUUUGCUUGGCAGGUGUUCCCACCCAUGCCCACCUGCCGGGUGUAUGGCACAGUGGCCUACCAGGAUGGACACCUGCUGGUGUUGGGGGGCUGUGGCCGGGCUGGGCUGCCCCUGGAUACUGCCGAGACACUGGACAUGGCCUCGCACACCUGGCUGGCACUGGCGCCCCUGCCCACUGCCCGGGCUGGCGCGGCUGCCGUGGUGCUGGGCAAGCAGGUGCUAGUGGUGGGAGGUGUGGAUGAGGGCCAGAGCCCGGUAGCUGCCGUGGAGGCCUUCCUGGCUGACGAGGGCCGCUGGGAACGUCGGGCCACCCUCCCUCAGGCAGCCAUGGGCAUUGCGACUGUGGAGAGAGAUGGCAUGGUGUACGCUCUGGGGGGAAUGGGCUCUGACACGGCCCCCCAGGCCCAGGUUCGGGUGUACGAGCCCCGCCGGGACUGCUGGCUUUCGUUACCUUCUAUGCCCACUCCUUGCUACGGGGCCUCAACUUUCCUGCAUGGGAACAAGAUCUAUGUCUUGGGGGGCCGCCAGGGCAAGCUCCCAGUGACCGCUUUUGAGGCCUUUGAUCUGGAGGCUCGUACCUGGACCCGGCACCCCAGCUUGCCCAGCCGCCGGGCCUUUGCUGGCUGUGCCAUGGCCGAAGGCAGCUUCUUCAGCUUGGGUGGCCUGCAGCAGCCGGGGCCCCACAACUUCUACUCUCGCCCACACUUUGUCAACACUGUGGAGAUGUUCGACCUGGAGCAUGGGUCCUGGACCAAGCUGCCCCGUGGCCUGCGCAUGAGGGAUAAGAGGGCUGACUUUGUGGUUGGCUCCCUUGGAGGCCACAUCGUGGCUAUCGGGGGCCUUGGAAACCAGCCAUGCCCUCUGGGCUCUGUGGAGGGCUUCAGCCUGGCACGGCGGCGCUGGGAGGCACUGUCUGCCAUGCCCACAGCCCGUUGCUCCUGUUCUAGUCUGCAGGCUGGGCCCCGGCUGUUUGUCAUCGGGGGCGUGGCACAGGGUCCCAGCCAAGCUGUGGAGGCUCUGUGUCUGCGUGAUGGGGUCUGAGUGCCCGAUGGGACUUUGUCCACUGAAGCGGCUCGGUACCACAGGCAGAUGUCUGUGGCUCUUGUGCCCCCGAGGAAGCUCACUGU